AUGGAGGGGUUGAAUGAGGAGAAAUUGGCAUCUGUGUCCAACCUGGUGACUGUGUUUGAGAGCAGCAGGACCCCAGGAGCAGUACCCAGAGCUCACAGGCAGGAGGACAAACAUCACCACUCUGGGUGCAGACCUCCCCAGCCUCCAGGGUUAUCGGAGAAACACAGCCUAGGAGAUGCCCUGGGGUCUGGACCCAAGAUGGUCAGUAGGAGGUACCUGAGCUCCCUGAAGAACAAACUGUCCAGUGGGGCCUGGAGGAAUUCGUGCCAGCCCAGGACCGAUCCUGGGUCAGGGAUACAGGAGCCUGAGAAGAGGAUUGUCCAGGAGCUGUUGGAGACAGAACAGGCCUAUGUAGCACGCCUCCAUCUGCUGGACCAGGUGUUCUUCCAGGAGCUAUUGAAGGAGGCCCGUAGCAGCAAGGCCUUCCCUGAGGACGUGGUCAGGCUCAUCUUCUCCAACAUCUCCUCCAUCUACCAGUUCCAUUCUCAAUUCUUCUUCCCAGAGCUGCAGCGGCGGCUGGAUGACUGGACAGCCACCCCACGCAUUGGUGACAUGAUCCAGAAGCUGGCUCCUUUCCUAAAGAUGUACAGUGAGUAUGUCAAGAACUUUGAACGAGCCGCUGAGCUGCUAGCCACCUGGACUGAAAAGUCCCCACAAUUCCAGGAGGUUAUCACUCGCAUCCAGAACAGUGAGGCCUCAGGCAGCCUGACCCUGCAGCACCAUAUGCUGGAGCCUGUGCAGAGAAUUCCACGCUAUGAGCUGCUGCUCAAGGAGUAUGUCCAGAAGCUACCUGCCCAGGCCCCAGACCGGGAUGAUGCCCAGAAAGCCCUCGACAUGAUCUUCUCAGCUGCUCAGCACUCCAAUGCAGCCAUAAAAGAGAUGGAGCGGCUGCAGGAUCUGUGGGAGGUGUACCAGCGCCUGGGCCUUGAGGAUGACAUGGUAGACCCCUCCAAUACUCUGCUCCGCGAGGGCCCCGUCCUCAAGAUCUCCUUCCGCCGCAGUGACCCCAUGGAGCGCUACCUGUUCUUGUUCAACAACAUGUUGCUAUACUGUGUGCCCAGGGUCAUCCAGGUGGGCGCCCACUUCCACGUGAGGACCCGCAUCGAUGUGGCUGGGAUGAAGGUGCGGGAGCUGAGUGAUGCAGAGUUCCCCUACGCCUUCCUGGUGUCUGGGAAACAGCGCACUCUGGAGCUGCAAGCUCGGUCCCAGGAGGAAAUGAUUUCCUGGAUGCAGGCCUGCCAAGCAGCCAUUGACCAAAUUGAGAAGCGGAAUGAAACCUUCAAAGCUGCAGUCCAGGGGCCUGAGGGAGACACUCUGGAGCGAGAGCUGCAGUCGGAGGAGCUGGGCCUCCGGGCGCCACAGUGGGUCCGGGAUAAGAUGGUGACCAUGUGCAUGCGUUGCCAGGAGCCCUUCAACGCCCUGACACGCCGCCGCCACCACUGCCGGGCCUGUGGCUAUGUGGUGUGUGCCAGGUGCUCAGACUACCGGGCUGAGCUGAAGUAUGACGACAACAGGCCCAACCGAGUCUGCUGCGACUGCUACAUGUUCCUCACUGGAAACAUGCUCCCCAAGGACAAAGAGGACAAGAAAAGGGGCAUCUUGGAGAAAGGGUCUGCAGCAUGGUCGGAGCACAGCGUGAUAUGCAGCUACUUGCAGCUCCUUGGGGACAGGUGGGGCAGGAGCAGCCCCCGGGGUUGGUGCGUGAUCCCCUUGGAUGACCCUCUCGUUCUCUACCUCUAUGCUGCCCCUCAGGACAUGCAGGCUCACACCUCCAUACCUCUGCUGGGCUACCAGGUGACUGCUGGGCCCCAGGAGGACCCCUGGGUCUUCCAGCUGCAACAGUCAGGCCAGCUGUACACAUUCAAGGCUGAGACCAAGGAGCUGAGGGACCGCUGGAUGAAGGCCGUGGAGCAGGCAGCUGGUGGCCAGAGCCCCAGGGGGCCUGACGGGGACCUCUCCAACUGA